AUGGACAACCGUCCUAGAUCCCGCCGUUCCAACGCAUCGCGUGGUUCGUCUCGCAACGCGAGCCCUCAUGCUGCCGAUGCCUCUUCUUCCACCGUGGCUGCUCCAGUCACCAAUAACAACGCCUCCCAAGCUGCUCUCAGACAGCAUUUUCAGGAAGUCGAAUCAAGCUUCCUCCCCACGCUUUCUCCAGUUCCAACAGCCCCCGCAAAAGGCCAGCCGGCCACCGAUGACACCUUCCUCUUUGAUUCUCCCCAGAAAAUCGACCUACCACACCUGCCCGCCUUACGCCGCAACGAAGAGCCAGACUCCGCCUCGCUCGACCGCGAAAUCUCCCAACUCGAGGAGUUUGACUCUCCUCUCAAGGCCGCCGCACGCUACAAUGAAGAGCCAGACUCCGCCUCGCUCGACCGCAGAAUCUCCCAGCUCGAGGAAUUCGACUCGUCUCCUCUCAAGGCCGCCGUUGCCCGAACCAUCGAGCGUGUCCUGACUGAACAGCAAGCCAAAAAUGUUCACGUCCCCGAUUCAGUCGCCGAUGAGCUUAAGGAGUCUCUGGCCGAUGAGUUCGAAAAGUCUAUGAUCGAGGAGUAUAUGCGCAAUUCUAUGGACCAAGACAUUAAGGAGUCUAUUUCCGGGGAGUUGAGGCGGACAAUGGCCGAAGAAAUUAAGGAAUCCGAGGCGGACGAGUUUAAGUUUCAGUCCGCUCUGGAAUAUCCCGCCAAUAAGCGCCAUAUCCCCGACACACUCAGGGGCCUUACGCUGAAGGAGCAGAACAGCACAAUCGAAAGGCUUUCCAAACAAAAUUUCGAUCUGAAGCUCAAAGUCUCUUUCCUCACCAAGCGCCUCGGCGACACGUCAGACGAAAACGUCAAUGCAACCCUGGCAGCCAAUGUUGAGCUCAACAAUCGAGUGUCAAUGCUUCAGAGCGACAACAAGGUUCUACGCAAACAGAUCAAGGAGCUCCGGAAGCGUAUCGAGGAAGACGAAGACCGCCCUAGCACUAGUGGUUCCGGCUCCGACCAACCAAGCGAUCGAGAGCAAGAGCUCCUCAAACAUGUGUUCUACCUUGAACAGCAACUCGAAAAGGUCACGAUCAGGAAUGAGACGCUGGAGGCUAGCAUGGCCAGCACUCUUCACGUCGUCGAGCAAGUCCGCCACGACAACUCUGAGCUGCGUCGCGAUCUCGGCGCUCAGACCUCGAUGCUUACGUCACGCAACCGCGAGGGGGAAAUUCUUCGACAGCAAAUCGAGGAGCUCAAAUUCGCCCAAGGAGGUAGCGGCCCCGUCUCAACAGCUGACAGCAUCCUCGAGCGGUCCGCAUCGAGAGCUGGAGCUCGUCGCUCGCCCCCUAGUUCCCACACUCUGCUCACCGCAGCCCAAGAUGCUGAGCGUGAGGAUUUGGAGAACAGACUUGCCCGAGCCAGAGAUGGCAUGAACGAGGUCAAGCUGAAGAAUCACGAAUUGGAACGUGAGAUUGAAUUGUGCAUGACCGACUUUGAAAAACAAGUCGAGAGGGCCAAGGCGGCUAAGGACUAUGCCGACUCUCUUGUGCCACAACUCAAUGUCGCCGUGAACGACUGUCUCGCAUUGCAAUCAGAGCGCAGCGCAGCGGAAGGCGAACGCGACACUGCACGUGCUGAACGCGACCAGAUUGCAGCCGAGUUCGAAUCGCUCCAAGACCAAGCGCAAGCAGAACUCGACACUUUGGACCUGGAGAUCGAAGAGCUGCAAGCUCAACUUGCCGAUCGCGACCGGGAUUUCAAUGCCCUCCAGAUCUCGAUGCGGGAUAUCAGCGAAAAAGUCAUUGCUUUCGAAGACGACACGCACAAGAAGAACCGGAUGAUACAGAGACUCGAGGCUGAACUGGACUCAGCUAACCGCGAACUGGGAGCCUACGAGCAGAAACUUGCCGAGGAGUCGGAAAAGAACCGCCGACUGUCGGUGCAGCAAGAAUCUUUGCAGAGCGAAAUUGCCUUUUUGCGUGAGGAGCAGGAAGCUGACAAGAUUCGCAUUGGCAAUCUGGAGACAACCGUGGCCGAUGAAAAGGACAGGGCCAAGGAACUCGACGAGCGCCUUCAGCAGGAGCGCACCCAGCGCGAAAUGGUCGCCAACCAGGAGAAGCAGCAAGUGCAACAAUUUGUCAACGAGCUCAACCGCGAGGCAUCCGACGCCAAAGACGAGGCUAGAAGGCUGCGUAAGAAUCUGACUUCGCGCGAGACCGAGGCAAAAGUGUGGAAGGAGCGCCUGCAAGAGCUGGAAGACAAUCUCCGCAACGCGCUGGGAGACCUCAACAUCACUAGAACUGGCUUUGUUGAGUCCAUCACCAAGAUGCAACGAGAGCAUGAGAGGACUCUCCGGAAACUCGACAUGGCCAAGGCAUCGGUCGCCGAGAAGGACCGCACCGUCCGACACCGCGACAACGCCAUUGAGCAGUUCGCCAUGGACACCCGGAAGAAUGCCCACCGCAUGGAGAAACUGGAGCGAAUGGAGAUCGCAUACCAGAAGCUCAAGGUCGACUACGAGACGCUCAAGACGGCGAACGACGUCCGCGCCAGAGCAGCCGCGAAGAGCAGCACGGGUAGCUGCCCAUCGCCCAGCGUCCACCGCGGCCCCGGCGAGCGUGACAAGCCUCUAAUGAUGAGACUUAAGGCGAUGGAGACGAAGCUUCUCGCGGAAAGGGAGGCAAGGACUCAGGACAGGGAGAUGGCGCGCGGGCGCCUUGCCACUCUUGAGGCGGAGAACAAGGGCCUGAGAGGCAAAGUGGCUCGUCGCCACGAGUAA